GGCGUUCAACAAAACCAAAAACGCCAUCUUGUCUUCGUCUUCCCCACUUGGGAAUCCUUUACUCCCCUCACCUAAAACGAAGAAACCACCGGGAUAGGUAGGACACCAUUAUUGCGACUCGCGAGCGAGCACCUCCCCUUCCCUGAUUCCCACGAGCAUCCCAGGCCGCUCGUCCUCCCGAGAAAUGCCUCUCCGUUGCUGCUCUUGAAAGGAUUGCUCGAUGCAGGGGAGGAGGAAGACCGCGCGGGCGAUGGCUCGGGGGGAGGGACGGGAGCGGGAGCAGCAGCAGCAGCAGCCGGCGGCGGCAAGCUCCAAAGGCCAAGCAUGGUUCUGCACCACAGGAUUGCCAAGCGAUGUCGUGAUCGAGGUGGGCGACAUGACCUUCCAUCUCCACAAGUUCCCGUUAAUGUCACGGAGCAAGAAGAUUCACGACCUCAUCACGAACAAGGAAUCACGCGAGGCCAACCGGAGAGACACAGGAGGGGAGCCAGAAGAAGAUGCCGGGGAGAUCAGAGAGGAGGAAGUGGAAGUGGUGCUGGAGGAGGACGAGGAGGCGGACGUGCACCGCAUCCGCCUCCCGGAGUUCCCCGGCGGCGCGGAGGCGUUCGAGCUGGCCGCCAAGUUCUGCUACGGCGUCAAGCUAGACCUCACGCCGGCCACCGCCGCGCCGCUGCGCUGCGCGGCCGAGCGCCUCGGCAUGUCCGACGACCACUCCGACGACAACCUCAUCUCCCGCGCCGACCGGUUCAUAUCGCAGACCGUCCUGAGGAAUCCCAGGGACGCCAUCCGCGCGCUCAAGUCCUGCGAGGGCCUCCUCCCCCUCGCCGACAACCUCGGCCUCGUGUCGCGCUGCGUGGACGCCAUUGCCGCCAAGGCCGCCGCGUCCACGCCCACAGCGCUCUUUGGCUGGCCCAUAGCCGACGACGCAAGGGCCAGCGACCGCCAGCGCCGCAAGAACAGCGCCGCCGCCGGAGCCUCCUGGUUCGACGACCUCGCCGGUCUGUCCUUGGCCACGUUCACCCGUGUCAUUGCCGCCAUGAAGGAGCAUGGCGUCGGCCCGGAGGUUAUCGAGGGGGCUCUCAUUGCGUACGCCAAGCGGUCCAUCCCCGGGCUGUCGCGCACCGGGCGGCAUGUCGGCGGCGGUGGCGCCACGGCCGCGGCCGCAGCCCCUCCGUCGUCGGAUGGGGACCAGAAGGCGCUUCUCGAGACCGUCAUUGCCAACCUCCCUGAGGAAACCAUCAAGAGCAGUGCCCACACCGGCACCGCCGUGGGCGCCACCGCGGCGCGCGUCCUCUUCGGCCUCCUGCGCACGGCGAACAUCCUGCACGCGUCAGAGGCAUCCCGCGACAUGCUCGAGCGGCGCAUCGCCGCGCGGCUGCCGGACGCCGCCGUCGACGACCUGCUCAUCCCGAGCUACUCGUACCUCGUGGAGACGCUCUACGACGUGGACUGCGUCGAGCGCGUCGUGCGGUACUUCCUGGAAGGCCGCGACGUCGCCGAGGAGGGCAACGAGGACGAGUGCAGCGAGGCGGAGACGCCAGGCAGAGAGGCUUGCCGACGGGCCAUGCUUGCCGUGGGGCGGCUGAUCGAUGCGUACUUGGGCGAGAUCGCGACAGAUGCCAACCUGAAGCCGGACAAGUUCUGCGACCUCGCCUGGGCGUUGCCGGACGGCGCCCGCGUGUACGACGAUGGCCUUUACCGGGCUGUCGACAUCUACCUCAAGGCUCAUCCCGGGCUGAGCGAAGAAGAGAAGGAGAAGGUGAGCGGCGUGGUGGACGGGCGCAAGCUGACACUGGAGGCGUGCACGCACGCGGCGCAGAAUGAACGGCUGCCGCUGCGGACGGUCGUGCAGGUGCUCUUCUUCGAGCAGCUCCAGCUCCGUAGGGCCAUCGCGCGGACAAUCAUGGCGAACGAAGGCGGGGCGGCGGGCUCGGGGGAGGAAGGCGGCGACAGCGACGGUGGCGGGACGUGGCGCGUGGCCACACGGGGCAACCAGAUGCUGCGGCUGGACAUGGACAGCAUGCGGAACCGCGUGCAGGAGCUAGAGCGCGAGUGCACGAGCAUGAGGAAAGCCAUCGAGAAGAUGGACCGGCGAGGCGGGGCAGCGGCAGAUAGGGGAACACCGUCUGCGGCGGCAGCGGCGGAUGGGAGGUGGGGCUCGAUGGUGACCAAGCGGUUCGGGUGCAAAUUCCCGGCGCAGGUCUGCCAGUCGCAGCAGCGGACGGUGGUGGCACGGCCUCGCCGGCCACGCAUUGAGCAGAGCCCAUGAGCUCUCGCCGCCGCACAUCGUAGAGCUUGGAGACUUCAUUGUUCUGUUCUCUUGAUUCUUUGCUUCGAUUUGUGAAAAAUUCAGAUUUUCCCUUGCCUAGCAUGGUGUCUUUUUUUU